AUGUCGCCAGACAAGCGCAGGAGCAUUUUUGGGCGCACCUCUCUGACGGCCCUCACGAGCAUCCAGAGCACCAAAGAUGAUUCGCAGCCCUCGAAUCUCUUGCGCAAGCGGCGAACAGCGUCUUUCAUGUCCACGCUGUCCGACGUCUCGCCCUUUGCCGAGGAGAAGUCGUUCGAGAACCAUGCGAUUAUCGAAACGCCUGCGUCGCCCAGGCCAAACAUGUCGCGAGGCAACGUCAAGCGCGCCAGUUCCGUCUUCAGCUCUUUCAAGGGCUAUCUGACGCCAGAAGAUGACGAGCCGCUGUCGGCGACCUCGACGCGAGCCUCCAUGUACCUGGGCGACUACCUGGCCGAAGACGUGCGCGACCGCCAGGUACUCCAACACGGCGAGGUGCAGACCAGCAGCUCCAUGUUCAGGAAGAAGAAGGAAUAUCUGGUGCUCACCGAAAAGCACCUGAUCAGGUUCAAGAGCAGCACCAAGGCUGCAGAGGCUUUUCCCGGCAUUCCUGCGCCCUACAAUCGCAAUAGUACCUACCGACAUAGCCACAGCCCGUCCAUCGGAUCGUCCCAUGAUCUGGCAUCUCUCGCUUCGGAAUCCUCUGGUGACCGACACCAUGGUAUACCCUUGCGCCACAUUGUCGCCGUCUAUCAUCUGGACGAUGGGCGACCACAUUUCGCCAUAGAACUCUUCUAUCUGGACGAAGAGUCAAACCACGCUUCAUCCAUGACGCUUCAGUUUGGAGACCCAGAGGAAAUGUUCGCCUGGCUCCGAACGAUUAGACAAGCAGCGAACCGUUCGCGACUGGCAGAUGCGAACCCCUUGUCUGCUCAUAAUUCGCACAAAGCAGCUCGCGUGGUGGAAGCCGAACGGGACUAUGUGCCGCCUCACUAUGCCAUUUACAAGGUUGUGCUUCGGCCACAGGGCAAGACUACAACCAGGUCUUCAUCUGACGAUCUAGCCAAGAUCUCGGCCUCUGUGUGCUUUCUUGCGAUUGGUGUGCACAAAGUACAUUUGAUUCCCUUGUUCAAGGGAGCUUCGCAGAGAUCGUCGAGUCCAUCGUUGGGCUCACAUCAUGUGCAAUCUUCGCAUGGCAUUUUGACAUUGACCGAAGUCAGGGUUAGUGAGGUCGACGACACCUUCCAGCUGACCUUUCGUAAACCUCUGGAACGACCAAAAGUGCUUCAUUUGGCCUCUCUCGCAUCACGCGAUAUUGCUCUUCGCCUGCGAACUAUGGAGGGACAUCUGAGGCCCGAAUGGGAGUCACGUCCCUUCGAGUACCUUGUACCCGACGACGUACACCAGGAUAUUUCUCGACAAGCGAGUCCACAUCCAAUAGACCAGGACUCGCUGGACCGCACUCUGAUAGGCUACUGCGUAGCCUACGACCUGCAACCUGAGAAUAUCAGCUAUCAGAUCACCUAUCCCAAUGAAGAUGCUCCACGGUUUGAGUUGCUACGGCCAACUGGUCUGCGAAGAAAUCAAUACACCGUUCUUGAGCUACUAGCUGUGAUGCGUUCCUUGCGAUACAACGAAACUUUCGCAUCGAUAUCAUUCAAAGACGUACAUCUUGAUGUUCUAAAUGGGUUGAGAGAUCCAUACGGCGCCGAGCAUCUUUGCUUAAAGACUAAGCGAGGCACAUAUGCUCGGCUAGAUGCUGAAGAGCUGGGGCGUUCGUGCUUGUUGGUGCAAGAAAUCCGCGCUUUGGCACUGAGCAACCGCAAACUACGGAGACUUGAUUUCACAUCUUGUAUUAACAGAAAGCCGGAGGACCACGGUGAUGCAAGGGAUAGCGCAAGAGACAUUGGCUGUGGUAUUGUGGAGGCUCUGUUCCCUCUGUGCAAGUAUCAGACUACAAAUGUCGAUUGGAUCGCGUUGAACAACAUUCAGCUUGGUGACACUGAUCUAGACUAUCUCGUGGCAGCAGCUGUCGAGCGCGCUUGUCACUUGCGCGGUCUAGAGUUGAGCGGCUGCGGGCUUACGGAUCGAGCAUUGUCUUUGAUUCUUGAUGCGCUUCGUGCGCAAGAAACCACCCUAGAAGCCAUUAAUCUGUCAUCGAAUCCCUUCCGCCUCUCCCCAUCCAUCUUCGACUCUCAGAUUGGUGUGUUUGGAUAUCUGACUCGGUUGAACCUCUCCCACGUUGCACGAGCAUCUGCAUUGGAGUCUCUUAUAUCUGUGGAAACGUUCCAGGGCUGGAGAUUACAAGAAUUGAUAUUAAGCGGCACGUCAUUGAAUGCCGCUAUGGUGGACGCAAUUGCAGGAUAUCUGGUUAAUUAUAAACAGUCGGAAGCGCUCCGUGAGCUGCGCUUAGAUCAUUGUUUCCUUACUGGAAAAGAUGUGGCUUAUCUCUUACAUUCAAUGACAGAGACUCCAGGCAAGGCGCGCGAGCUCCACCUCGAUGUCAGCGAAAACAACUUUGAGCAGGAUCUUGGUAUGAUGACAAAAGCCAUCUCAAGUGGCCUUGCGCCAUCAAGUUUCACGAUUCGGUUACUGGAAUUUGAGGAAGAAGCAGACUUCCGCAAGAUGAUUCUUGCACUCGCUGAGAACAAUACAAUCAGACAAUUAGACAUCUCAAGGGCAUCGCUGCCAUGCGAUGCCUCUGAGGAGACGUGCCAGGCACUGGAAAAGAUGUUCGCCCAGAAUAAGAGCCUUGAGUGGUUGGACAUCUCAGGCGAAGACUCACGUCUAGAGACUACGAAGCUGGGCGUGGGAGUGAACCGGGCACUACGAGGCUUGCAACAGAACACGACAUUGCGCGCUUUGUAUAUCAGAUGCAAGUACUACCUGUCUACGCUUGCCGAUGUUCUCAAAGUCAACAAAACUCUACAGUACCUGUACUGCGAAAACAACGGUAUCGCAUUAAGUGGUUACACCGAUCUCAUCAACGCGCUUCACCGAAAUACCACGUUGUUGUACCUGCCCACCAUGGAGGAAGCUCGGCAGAUGGCGCUAAAGCAAACAGAAGACCAGGUCAAGCAAAUGCGCGACGAAGUCUCCGUCCAUCACCCCGGAAAAAGCGACUCUGUCCGCAGCCGGCUGGCCAACAAAGUCGGCAGCCGCAUCACAAAAACCCAAGCCCACGCCUGCGGCCUCUCCGACCAAGACAUCAAAGCCGCGCUCGGGCUCGUGGACGAAAGCUGGGCCCGGCAGGAAUACAGACUGCAGCAAUAUCUGCAGCGCAAUUACAACAUCUCACAGGGCAUACCCACCACCCUCGACGUCGAUGAAGAGGACUUUGAACGCCCGGAUACGGCGACGAGCCUGUCGGGCAUUAUUGAGCGGGUUAAGAUUGAGACGACGCCGACGGUGGAGAGGGAUGCCCAGUUGGGGGCUGCGACGCCGGAUACGGAUUACGACGUCACUCCGCUGGAGAAGGAGUUGGAGAUGUCGUUUAAGACGAAGGGCAUGGGAUUUCCGUUUCCUUGA